AUGAAGUUCUCCAUCGCUGCCGCUGUUGUUGCUUUCGCCGCCUCCGUUGUGGCUCUUCCUCCUGCCCCUGGUGUCGGCAACGGCGUUGGCAACAAGGGAAACAGCAAUGUCCGCUUCCCGGUCCCCGAUAACGUGACUGUCAAGCAGGCCUCCGACAAGUGCGGUGACAAUGCUCAGCUGUCUUGCUGCAACAAGGCCGUCUAUGCCGGUGACACCACCAACGUUGACGAUGGCAUCCUUGCUGGUGCCCUCAGCAACCUGAUCGGUGCUGGCUCCGGCGCUGAGGGUCUCGGUCUCUUCGACCAGUGCUCCAAGCUGCCUCUGCAGGUUCCUGUCCUUGCCGUUGGUAUCCAGGACAUCGUGAACCAGCAGUGCAAGCAGAACAUUGCCUGCUGCCAGUCUUCUCCUUCCACUGCCAGCAACGACCUCGUCGGAGUUGGCCUCCCUUGCAUUGCCCUCGGCUCCAUCAUCUAA